CCUCAGUCGCCACUACCGCCCAGUGCGCCACAUGACCCGCUUCGGAAGCCUUACCACAUGAUGACCCUUCUCCGUCAAACAAUGACCUCGAAAACCGGCGGCUAUAUUACCCGCCGGUUGCAUGUACCGCAGGAGGUCUGGUCGCAAGGCGGUGCGAAGCUCACGAAUAUUCCCGAAAAGAUUCGCGUCGUCGAGGUUCUCUGUUCCGCGCUGGAGGACAUCCAAAGCUGGAGCGUUGAGUAUUUUGGUGCCGGAAAUGUGAGCAACGGCAUGGGCAUGGGAAUCGGCAGCAUCGGGAAAAAGGAGGCUGAGGCCUGGGCGAGCAAGCUGGAAGAGUUCUUAGUGGUAUGCGACGGUGUUGUGGGUAACUUCGGCAAGAAGCUCGGUGUCGGCGAGGGCUUCGUGACGAAAAAGAGCAGCGGAAAGGUCACAUCAUGGGGAGGCAAGCUGACACGUCAGCUCGACAAACUCACCAAUGGGAAGAACUUGGACUCCCCUGCUACCUACGUCCAAGGGCUGGCCAAACUCUUCAACCAGGCACAAAUACUGGAUGAACACACGAAGGCAGUCUGCUGUCAGCCGAUCGCGCCUUUAUACGCGGCGUUCCCACCGGAGUACCGGACGGGGUCCGAGAUGAAGCUCAGGCGCGCCUCAGAGUUCUUCGCGAAGGUCGUCCUCACGUUUGUCAUCCGCGACAUGGCGCUCCUGCUGGACAAGUACGUCAAGAAAUGCGAAAAAUGGCUCGCGGAAUGAGACCGGCGUCGGACCUGGACUAUGACCUUUUGUUCACCGCAUAGCAACCUCCCCCAUCGCUACCCUACCCGCAAACUCCUUGCUUUACAUGCAUCGAACCCAUCAUCACCACUUGUGGAUACUCAAGCAUAUACUGUAAUAUUACUUGCUAUCUCAUGGUUAGACCGUCUGGAAUUCUGGCUCGGUGUGUUUCUCUGUCCUUCAGCCAUUUCGUCCGUUGUCUCUCGUGGCUCUUCGUUCCUGCCCCUCCUGUUGUCACCAAUUUAUUUCUCCCCCA